GACGGAGGAACCGUGCUGGAACGGGAGCUGCUGCGUCCGAUACUGACGACCGACACCGCCGAGGAAAUGGAGCCGUUGGUCACGUACUGCAUCUGCGGCCGCCCGUACGAUCACCACCAGUUCAUGAUACAGUGCGACGUGUGCAAGGAGUGGUACCACGGCGGGUGCGUGAACUUGCAGGAGUACAAGAGUAUAGACGUCGACAAGUACCACUGUCCGCGAUGCGAAACCACGUGUGGUUCUUCGCUCAUGAAGAAACAAACGAAUUGGCACCGGCACGAUUACACCGAACUCGACGCGGAAACCAAGCCGGUUCAAACCGGCACGUCAGUAUUCAUACGAGAGCUGAAGUCUAGACACUUUCCCAAAGCCGACGAGGUUGUGAAGCACGUGAAGGGCUACCAGUUGACUUUUCAGUAUUUACAAGUGAACGGUUUCGAAACCCCCAUCAUUGUCGAUGGGAAGGAUGGACUUGACAUGACCGUACCACCUGCGAGCUUCAGUGUUUCCGAUGUCGAGACUUACAUAGAUGGUGAUCGGGACAUGGAUGUGAUCGAUGUUAUGAGACAAAGUAACAUACGUAUGAAAUUACGAGACUUUGUAGAAUAUUACAAUUCCCCUGUCCGAACAAGAGUGUUCAAUGUCAUAAGUCUUGAAUUUUCUAACACUGGUCUCUCGCCACUGGUUGAAGCGCCGUACAUCGCGCGGAAACUCGACUGGGUUAAUUCGGUGUGGCCGCGCGAUUGGCCCGAGGACAGUGAUAUAAAGCGGCCGGAAGUACAAAAGUAUUGCCUAAUGGGGGUGAAAGAUAGUUUCACAGAUUUUCAUAUCGAUUUCGGCGGCACGUCCGUCUGGUACCACGUGCUGCGCGGCGAGAAAGUGUUCUAUCUCGUCAAGCCGACGCCGGCGAAUUUGCAGCUGUACCAGCAGUGGAUGUGCAGCUCCACGCAGAGCGAAACUUUCUUCGGGGAUCAGGCCGACGCGUGUUACAAGUGCGUGCUCAAGCAGGGCCAGACGAUGAUGAUCCCCACCGGCUGGAUACACGCGGUGCUCACGCCGGUGGAUUCCUUGGUUUUCGGCGGCAAUUUCGUGCACAGCCUCAACAUCCAGAUGCAGAUACAAAUAUACGAGUUAGAGAGAAAGAUGAAGACUCCAGCAAAGUUUCAGUAUCCCGGAUUUGAGACAAUCAAUUGGUUCGCGGCUAAGAAAUUGUUAAAAGAGCUGAAAGAUUUAAAUAACGAGGGGAAGAAGUGUCCGUCGUAUUUUUUGCAAGGUGUGAAGGCGUUGCUUGGGAUCCUCAAACAGUGGAACACGGACAAGGACUACAACAUGAUCAGCCGCGGUCAGAUACCGGACACGAUAAACAGUCAGAAAUUAUUGAAGGAUCUCAGUAAGGAGAUACGUCACGCGGAACGGUACUUAAUAUCCCUGAAUCCGCCGAAACCGGAGCGCGAGAGUAAACGGAAGAAGAGGAAGCCGUUGAACAAGGACUUUGUGGAUUUCGAUUACGCCGACAGGAUAGCCGAUAGCGCUUUCAAAGCGAAUAAAGCCAUGCUGAAAGAAAUGAACAAAGCGACGUUGAAGGAGACGAAUAAAGUGACGAGUAAGUCGACGUUGAAGGAGACGAAUAAAAUGACGCCGAAGCAAACGAGCAAAGUGCAGCCGGCGUUGAUCGAGCAGUCGGCGAAGCCGCUCACGUUGAAGCUCACGUUGCCGAAGCCGAUCAUGUGUCCGGUGGUUAAAACGCCCGCGGCGGUGAAAACACCCGCCGCGGGUAAUAAGCGGCAGCUGUCCAAGCCGGGGAAGCAGAGCCCUACCGUGAUUAGAUUUAAGCUCGGCAACAACGAGGUUGUCAGAAGUACAAACGACAAUAUAAACGUUUACGGCAGCAACGUCGUGACCGGCCACUCCCUCGAGACGACGAAGGAGCCGCUGUCGUGGAGUCAGUCGUCGUCCGUGUACGAUUUUCACGACGGCAGCAACGAGAGCGACUACGGCCUCGUGAUCGACGAGUCGCAGAAACGGAAACGGGCGCCGCGUUCGAAGCGGCUCAAGCGCGACUACGACGGCGACGUCGACGUGCUCAACAACGCGCCGAAGAACGGCAUAGAGGAGCUGUUGAAAGCGUCGGCGUACACCCUCGGGAAUGGCGCGCCAAGGGUUGAUGUCACGCCAUCGGCCACGAUUCCACAGUACAGUCAACCUAUGCCGCCGCCCACUGGUUCCGACAGGGCGUCACCGUCCACACGGGAGGCGAUCGCUGGGAUGUUGUCGUUCAGCCAGCAGAGUUACUCGACAACGAGUAGUUCUGCGAAAUCGUCAAAGAGACCUGUUAAGAGCCAACAAAAUGACGAGGAUGACGAUCAGUUGAUAGAAAAUAUCGACAAGGUUCACCAAGACGACGAUUUUAUUUAUCCAGCUUUAGACGCUUCUGACGACGAGGAUUAUAUAUUUAAGCCCAAGGCAAAGAGUCAAAUCGACGAAGCGUGGAAUCCGAAAGCUAGAGUGGGCCCUCUUUUACCAAAGACGAAUCGGCCGGCACGGGAAGGCGCGAAGAAAACGUCUGUGGAAAAGGGUCUGGAAGCGGCCGCGGCGAAGCGAGCGAAACAAUCGGAUGAAUACCUGGAUAACGACAUGGACAAGGUUACCAAGAAGAAAUUGGGCACCAACAAGCGGACAUACAAUAAAAAGAAACAAAAGGAACCUGCAGUGGUCCCCGCAGUAGGAACUACAGCUGCGUCCACCGCACCUUCUGAAAAUGUUAUAAAACCAUCCACCGGAUUCGGGUCGAUACUGACAAGCCCCAACAGACUUAAGGAUGUCAAAGCCAAACUUGCAGCACCCGUUCCAGUUGAACGGAAGCCGAAGAAGGGAAUGAAAACGGCGAAGCAGCGUUUGGGAAAGAUCCUGAAACUUCAUAAAAUGAUGCACUAGAUAAAAUUAAUAUCAUGAAAGAAGAAGGAAGAACAUCACGUCAUUCUUCACUUGUGUAUAAAACCAUAUAGUUGUACAUUACUAUGUAAAUAUAAGAAAUUUUCCAUCAAGGUGAUGCACACCUUACAAAAAAAAGCGAAUUAGUUGUAAAGAUCAGCGUCAUUUUUUUAAGAGAUACUUAUAUUUAUUACUACGUCGUGUUUAAUUUUAGGCGAAUAUGUUAUAUAUAUAUAUAAAUAUAUAAACAUAUAUAUAUACGUAUAUAUAUAACAACUUUUGAUAUCUCGAUAUUUCAGUAAGACGAUAUUUAUAUUGUAAUGAUAGGUUACUAAUGCUUUAUGUGAUGACUCAGAGUAGUAAUUCAGUUGACAACGAUUUGGAAGAAAAAUCUGUAUCUUAUAAUUUUUUUUUCGUUACUUCAAGAAGAUCAUGAUUUAAUUUAUGACUAAUAGUAGACAACAAUAGUAGAUCAACAAAUUUAACGAUGAUUUAGUUUUAAAGUAUAAUACACUGUUUGUUUUUUUUUUUUUUAGUGAGUAGUAAGUAAAUACUUCACCGUCCAUUGUUAAGAACGCAGAGAAUUUCACGUGCGUUACAUAUUUUUGCAUUUUUUAGAAUACGCAGUUAGCAAUUAUCUGCUGCAUACCUUCUAAUCCCGAUUGUCGUAAUACAGCUCUUCAUUUUGAUAUGACUAUAGCAUGGUAUUCUCUCUCGCAUGCGACAACUGCAAUAGUAGUUUAAUCGAUUCCCGAAGUAUUAACUGACAAUCUAACUCCAUAUCUGAAAUUGCCACAUGCUCUUUUUUCAAUGUAUUUCACUAUGUUUUCAGUAAUAAAUUAGAUAUUGUAAUUUUUACUUUGUUUUGUCGUAAGAAAACGCAAGAGAAAAAGGAUUACAAGCGAUGUCUGACGCAGAGAUUGUCAUUAUUAAUAUUAUUAUCACAGGAAUACACUUGCAACGGCUUCAGUAUAAUUUUUUACGCAAUUUGUUUGAUGUUACAUGUAGCAGUUCAGUUAGCAAUUUGCCAUUUAGUUUGUACAGAAAAAGAGGCUGUAGGAUACUGAUUUAGUUUUUUACAUACUUAUAAAAGCAAAAAAAAAAGAGAAUGAGAUAUCUGCCAGUAAAACAUUUUAUAUGUCACUUACAAGUAUGUGGUAAGAUGUAUUUUGAUCGUUAUGGAGUACUAAGCGAAGUAGCGUAAGGGAUAUUAUCGAUUGUUGUAUCACACAGGAAAUUGAGUUACCUAAUACACACACACACACACACACACACACACGUUGUACCUGUUUCCUAUGAUACAAAAUGCGAGAUAACACAUAAAAGCGUAAAAUCCUGGGAGAGCUAUAGUCCCCUGAAAGAGAAAUUUGUAAUUGUAAAUCACUUUUAUACUUAAUAAGUUAGAAUUGUUUGAUGUUUAGGAGUAAUUGACAACUUUGUUUGUGAAAAAACGAAGGAAAUCUCGAGACGAGGUGUUUUCCACUUAAUAACUUACUACGCGCAUACGUUAAAAUUAACCCCGAACGAUGUACUUUCUACUAACAUAGAUUGUGAUAGGUAAUAGUAAUUAUAUUUAUCUUAUUAACACUGCGCAAUUUAUAAGUUGUUUAAACGUGUGGCAAGCAAAUUACUUGAGAUUUGUAACCACGUCUAACGUGCGUAUCAAAUUCUCAAUAUUGGUGAUGUCAGUUAAAUUUUGCACGCUAUGCCUGCACAUUGAAUACAUGUGGAUGACGAUGUAGCAGUGACAAGAGAGCAAGACAGUUGCUAUUUUCACGUCCGCUUUUCUUGUAACAACUUGAUACCAAGAAGUGAUAUGUUUGUCAGUACAAAUUAUUUCUUUUAAUAUUUACUAUACUGACGAUGUAUAUCAUAAUAAAUUAUUAUGUUAUAAUAUGUAAAUUAUAAUAUGAUAAAUUUUAAAAAUCUAGAAACAUUGUAUAGUAACAUAUUAAACGAAUUACUUUUGUACUAGUAUAUAUUGCUUCUUCGUACAAGAUAUUACACCAAAGGAAAAGAUGAAAAGGCAAGUGCAAUGCUCGGACUUACUUUGCCUCGAUUACUUGCAAGAGUAGAAGGACGUUUUACAUACGACGCCUUCUCAAAACUCUACAUGCUUUAAAUAAGUUUUGCAAUACUCGCUUUCGUUGUCUUAUAAAAGUAACGUUGCUUCGUCUCGCGUUCGUGAACAAACAAAUUCAAGCUACACGGUUGCUUCUAUAAUUUAGCGCAUUUGUUUGACGAGUUUGUAAGUAUCCGUGUGUACACGCUCCGUACACACAGGGGUCUUACAGGAUUAUGCAAAAUGAUAUAUAUGUAUACCACAUGCAUAGACACAUAUACAUACAUAUAUUUUUUUACAGAGUGUUUAUCUUCAAUUUUGUGAGUCGUGUAUUUUAUUUAAUGUCUCUGCUCGUCUUCAUUAAAUUUAAUCGUCUCGACCGGCCGCGAUAGCGCCGUAACGUUCACUUCGUGCAUCGUUUAAAUGCCGCGUUAAACGCGGCAAAGAAAAAGCUCGAGAAGUUCCGUGAUAAAGUCAACGUGAUUCGCACGCGAGAUGGACUUGCAGAUUUUCGCCCACGAUGGAUCGGUGUAUUUCAAAUGUGUUCAUUAAAUUAUAUAGACGAUAAUGUGCAGACUUUCGAUGUUCGAUGAGAGAUAGAGUGAGAGAGCGAAAGAGAAAAAAAAAACAUUACGGAACUAAAAAUAUUAAACGUCAGGGAUGAAAGUAACGUUUAUUUUCAGGAUGCGAGCUCUUUUAUUAACGUCGCUCGUAGAAGCGUAGCACUCUCAUGUACAAUAUAUUGUAAUCCGAAGUGUAAAUAUAUCUUAAGAUUGUCGCACGCGAUCUAACGCGA